AUGGCAUUCAGAGAUUUCCAACAUUCACUCGGCAAGCUUACGUCUGAAGUAAAGUCCCAGAUCGCAAAAAAUAACCCGUUGCAGAAUGAGGAAACCAAGAAGAUGUCAAUGUGGAUCUUUCAGGAACGUAACAUUCUGGCGGAAACCAAGACAUUGGCAUAUGAACACGGAGAAGCCAACAAGCUUAUGAAAGCUUGGGCUGCUGACGAAGGACAAGAUAUUGAGGACAUUAGCGAUAAGCUUUUCCAGUUACUCAACAAACAGAUGCAAAUCGAACAAGAGUUUGCAGCCAAGUACCAAAAGUAUCGACAUGCUUUGAAGAGUAUACGCGAAAAGGAAUCUACUUUGACGGAAAGCCGGGAAAAGAAGAGAGCACUGCAGGCACGCAUUGCUGCUUUGCAAAAAUCGAGCCCUCGUGCAGGCAAGAUCAAGGAGUUCCAGCAUGAACUUGAAUCCCUGGUAAAUGACACUCGUGGACAAGAGGCUGAGAUAGGUGACUUCAAGCGCUUUGCUCUCCGGGAGGCAUUUUACUUGCGGUUCAACGCUAUGGCCGAGUAUGCCGAGAAAACGGCUUUAUUGGCUGGUUUUGGAAAGUAUAUUGUGGAUCUAGUUGACAUCGAGCCCACUGCCCCAGGUGAAGAUAGGAAAGCAUACAGUAACGGCCAACAAUCAGCCAUUAUUCUGGCGGAUGCACUCAAUGCUGUCAAUGAUUGGAAACCUUCUCAUCAGGAUUUCCGUUGCACACUGGCAGAAGGAGAAGGGCAAGUCCGAGAAGACGAAAUACCCCAAAAGGAAUCUGCCCUGCAUAAGGACAAAUCUAACGAUUUGGCCGAAGCUAAUACCAGCCAAGCCGCCGCCCCUCCAGUGGCCGAAGAAGCUAAUGACACAGUUUCCCCCAUCCCUGAAACUGAGACAAAUUCAGCCGCAGAGCAAAACAUGGCACCUUCAGUAGCAGCAGCGCCUCAAAUACCCGACCUACCACCCAGACCAGUCCCUGAGGUGCCAUUGGCAGAAAGCCAAGUUGAAGCUCGAAACUCUACGGAGCCACUAUCGCAUGAUGAGGCUAGCGUCAACCCCAUUCUCGACACCAAUAUGCAGAGCCCCGUUCCCGUCAAAAAUGAUAUCUCACAGGCUUCCACGGGAUCCCAUACAAUCCUGCAUGAUUCAAACAAGGAGGAGAUCGCUGAUACUACCGCAGUACCUGGUGAACCUAUGCACUCACCAUGGCAAGGUCACAUGACGGCACCCCAAUCGUCGCCAAGACCACAUCACCUCACAUCAUAUUCCACCGAAGUGCAAGACCCCGGACUUCCAAAUUAUACCAGUGGCAACUAUGGCCAGUUGUACCGAAGAGUGUCUCAUUUAAGGCAGUCUCAGCGUCCUUAUGCAGACUUCCAACAGCAAUUUGUCCAACCUCGUGUAGGAGCUGGUGGCUUCAGAAUUCCAACUAGUGACGAACGUUUGCCCCCUUACUCACCAUCAAAUCAGCAGUAUAGCGAUGAAAAGCGUGGAUAA